AUGAAGGCCUGGCACUGGUCUGUCACCCUUGUGGUAAUCUACCUGGCAAUUCCAGUCAUUCUCUAUUUGCUCACCCGAAAAGAUGACCGAAAACCGCUCAGUGACAUUCGAAAACGGAAGAGAACCAUUGUGCUGGUCCUCGGAGACCUAGGUCGAUCUCCUCGAAUGCUCUACCACGCUCGGUCUCUGGCACGAAGCGGACACAAAGUUGACCUGUGCGGAUACGACGGCGCAAAGCCCUUCGACGAGAUCCUCAACAAUGAUCUCAUCAAGAUCCACCACAUUCCUUUGAUCCUCAACACACGCAAACUGCCAUUUGUCGUGUUUGGCAUUCUCAAGGUUAUCCGACAGCACUGGCUGUUGAUUUCUCUGCUCUACAAACUGCGAGGCGCUGACUACCUACUCGUGCAGAACCCUCCCUCAAUCCCUACCCUUGGAGUUGUAAGGUUCUACAACCUGUUCCUAAGCACUCGAACCAAGGUCGUUCUGGACUGGCACAACUUUGGCUACACCAUCUUGGCUCUCAAGCUGCCCGAGACUCACCCAAUGGUCAAGUUUGCUAAGUUCUACGAGGGUUUCUUUGGAGGUAGAGCCUUUGUUCAUCUGUGUGUGACUGUUCUAAUGGGUCAGGCUAUGCGAAAGACAUUUGGAAUGAGUGGACGACGAAUUGUGCCCUUGCACGACCGACCUGCUUUCCACUUCAAGCCUCUCAGCGAAUCUGAGAAGCUCGAUGUGCUCAGAGACUUUAAGGAGACUCUCUAUGACGACAUGACCGCUGAUCACAAGAUUAUCGUGUCCAGUACAUCGUACACUCCCGACGAGAACUUCAACAUUCUCCUCGACGCUCUGGCUCUCUACGACGAAUCCAAACUCGACCUCCCUCCUCUCCGUGUCAUCAUAACUGGAAAGGGACCCAUGAUGCCCGAGUUCUUGGCCAAGGUGGAAAAGCUGCAGUUAAAGAGAGUGUCCAUUCGAACCGCCUGGCUCGAGUUUGCCGACUACCCUCGAAUUCUGGGCGCUGCCCACCUCGGAGUGUCUCUCCAUGAGUCUUCUUCAGGCUAUGAUCUGCCCAUGAAGGUCGUUGAUAUGUUUGGAUGUGGCAUUCCUGUGGUGUCUGUGGACUACGCUGCUCUUUCUGAGCUGGUCAAGACCAACACCAACGGUGUGGCUGUCAAGGGCCACGUGGAGAUGGGCAACACUUUCAUGUCCUUGUUUUCCAACCGUGGAAAACUUGACAACAUCAAGCGAGGAGCUAUGAUCGAGUCUCGAAACACCUGGGACCAGACCUGGGUCAAGACUGUGGGUCCUCUUUUCGACAUCGGAGAGUACGUUCAACAGAGACCAGAUGAGGAUUACGACUUCAGCAGUAGCAGCAGCGACGACGACCACUAA